UGGUACCGAAUGGACGCAUUGGCACUUGGAGACAAUGGCGACCAACCUGCCCUUCUUAUAUCAGUGGAUAUCAAAAACCUUUUUGACGGAAUUAUGUUUAGUCACCGGUAUACCAGUUGGGUUCAAGUAGAAGAUGCUCUAAGUCAGCUGGAAUCAGCAACUCAUACACAUUAUGUAAUCAAAAAGUGCAUACGGGACCAUGAAUCUCAGGAUUUGAAGUACAAAUUAGUAGUCUUUCGUUGUACAUAUAGCAUGAAGCGAAAAACUAGAGGUUCAGGUUUACGCGUCAAACCUGCAAAAUACACCGGUUGCCAAUCUGGCUUUCGUAUACGCUACAAGGAGGACGAGUUUAUCAUUUCUUCCGCGAAAACAGUUCACAAUCACAGAUGUGAAAAAAGUCUUAUGAUAGGUGAUCCAUAUUUUAGACGCCUGUCCGGGGAUGAAAAGGAGAAUAUUGCACCAGUUGUGAAGACUACAUCUGAGGUUGCUGAUGUUUUGGAAUAUGCUGAAGAGAAUUUUAAUAAAGUUUUGACGAGCACAGAUGUGUAUAAUUUACGUAAGGAUGUGAGACCAG